AGCGCUAGAGGCUGCGUUCCUCUUCUCGCCCUUCUGCAGUCACUCGGUCCUAAAUUGAGCUGGCUUGAGUGCUGACAGACGAUUAGAGUAGAUAGUCGUCCUGUGCCUUUAGAUAGUUAGGUGCAGAGAGAGAAGGGGCUUUCUGGAUGGGAUUUUUUUUUUUUGCAGUGUACAGUUCGUGACAAGGAUGCACAGGUGCGCGCUCAAAUAAGGCAUAGUUAUUAAGCGAUAGUUGCGUCUCUAACGUUACCUUUAAUUGUUAAAGAGUCAUCGGAAUUCUAAGAGACAUUGGGUCAAACUGGCAAACAGCACAAAACGAUCAGAACGGUGAAUUAGCACGCGUAGUUCUGUCCUCGCUAUUGUAGGAGUCUUGAUCUGACAUAACGGAGUUUUGAUUGUAGCCCGCUGAAUGUUCCUUGGUUCUGACAAUUCAAUUCUUUUGUCACUACAGCGACUUGCUGCUUGUGAUGGUUGUGUGCAGUGACGUUGUGGCGCUUUGUCCGUGGCUACUGGCGAAGUGCGCUGGAGAGAUAUAGUUGUAUUACAUCAGUGCACCAAGUGAGUGGAGUGCGACACAGAGAAGAGAAACGGGUGUUGAGGGAGGGGUAUCAAUUAUCAUUAAGAUUUGCACUAGUCGCUCAAGAAGCAUUUAAACACCAUUUAGAUAUUUAGGUGCAUUCAUGGAAUGCGACUGUGACCGCUUCCCACUGCCUGUUUAUCAUUGAUCAAGACAGUACAGAGGAGCGUCAGAGAAGGCUGGUAGAGGCAAUGGCAGAGAUGAGCCUGGAGCCACUGUCCUCUCUGGAGGUAGCCAUCGAUCCAGAUUUUGAGCCACAGAAACGGCCGAGAUCAUGCACUUGGCCUCUGCCAGAGUCCAGCUCGGCAAAGCCUGCUUCCCACGACACAGAUAUAAUCCCAGAGGAAGAUGAUGAUGAGGAUGACAAUGCUAUGGCAAUCAGUGCCAACAGUGUGGAUGAAAGAGAGGACAAUGGCAGCCCAAGCUUGACUGAGGAAUUGCAUCCCACUAGCGGUCAGGAGAACACAGGCUCCCCACUUUCUUCUCAGCCCACUUCUGCAACCACGGCGAGUCCAGAGACAAGCGGUCAGAGCAGCCAACAGCAAACUCCCCGGAAGUCAUCUUCAAGGAGGAACGCAUGGGGCAACCUGUCCUAUGCAGACCUUAUCACAAAAGCCAUAGAGAGCACCCCAGACAAGAGACUGACACUGUCCCAGAUCUACGACUGGAUGGUCAGAAGCGUCCCAUACUUUAAAGACAAAGGUGACAGCAACAGUUCCGCUGGUUGGAAGGUAAGCCCUCCCCUACCCAACUGUGUCCUGAAGGCCACCACACAUACUACACAUUUUUAGAUGUCUCUUCUAAUGAUCAGUUUAAUCAGAUAUGAAGGGAUAUUCUGUCAUCAUUUAUUCACCCUCAUGUCAUUCCAAGCCUGUGUGACUUUCUUUCCUCUUUGGAACAAAAAAAUAAGAUAUUUUGCAGAAUGUUGGUA